UACGGAAGCCGUGAAGGCUCACAUUCUCCUGUAGUCCUGAGAGCAGCAGGGUGUAAUAAUCCACAGCCAGGAUGAUGAUGAAGUUUUUAUAAUAUGAGCUUACUCAGAAACAACAACAAAAACGUCAGUAUUUUAAAUAAUUUUAUCUUAUCCGUCUUACUGCUGACAAACUCCGAGUCUUACUCGAAGAUAUUUUAAACAUUUUUUUCUGAGUGAUUAAAGAAUGUGGAAGUUUAUUCCAGCUGCUGAGAGUAAACAGUAACCCUGCUCAGAGCGCGUGCUUGUUGGGAGAGUUUCACCAUCAUGCAGCAAGAGCAUUUGUUUAAAGUGCUUGUGAUCGGAGAUCUCGGAGUCGGAAAAACCUCUAUUAUUAAGCGAUAUGUCCAUCAGAUAUUCUCUCAGCACUACCGGGCAACUAUCGGCGUCGAUUUUGCGCUGAAAGUGUUGAACUGGGACAAUCACACAGUCAUCCGCCUACAGUUAUGGGACAUUGCAGGUCAGGAGCGGUACGGUAAUAUGACACGGGUGUACUACCGUGAGGCUGUUGGAGCUCUGAUAGUAUUCGACGUGACAAGAGCAUCGACGUUUGAUGCGGUACCAAAGUGGAAGGAUGAUCUGGACACAAAGGUUACUCUCAGCAACGGCAAACCCGUCCCAGCUGUUCUGCUGGCCAAUAAGUCUGACCAGUCACGGGACGGCUUGUCCACUCAGAUUCCCAAACUCGACACAUUUUGCAAAGAAAACGGAUUUGUGGGCUGGUUUGAAACAUCAGCCAAGGAAAACACCAAUAUUGAAGCAGCAAUCAGGUGCCUGGUGGAAAACAUACUGACCCAUGAGGAGAAUGCUGUCAGCGACUCAGACCCAGACACAGUGACCCUGUCCGGCAACAACAACACCAAAGAUCGUGGCAAAGCCAGAUGCUCAGCAUGUCCCAAAUAGAAGACUGAUGGUGAGGAGGAGCUGGAAUCAGAAAAAGAGCGAGAGAGAGCAUGAGAAAAGGGCACAGAGUUACUGGCUUCACCCUGAAAAAAAGCAAUUAAGAUAAGGCACUGCAGUAAAGCAUCAGAAACAAAAAAAAAUACUGCUGGUUUAUAUUCCUAUAGCAUUUCAUCUACAGUACACAGCCAAUAACUGAUGCAGUAGGUGCACAGCAAAAAGACCAAAAACUCUCAGUGAGGAACAAUUACAGAGCCUCUUUAUUUUAGUUUGUGAGCGGUGUAAGAUUGCACAGGCUGGAUGCAACCCUUUCAUGCAGUAAUAGUCGCCUCGUUUGGGAGCGCAAACUAUAAUUGAGACAGUUAAAUAUUUAAUUGAGAGUGUAAAGUGUUUGCUCAUAAACCCAACAGUGGCAUUUGCUGGUGCUGGGAUUUGAGCUUAUGACCUUCUGAUCAUGAGUUCAGUAAGCCAAUCAAUUUUACUACUGAGCUACCAUUUAGAUGACCUUUUACAAGAAUAACAGUGUGGAAAUGUCUCUGACAUGCACACUACAAGGGUUUGGGGGAAACAUUUGUCAUAAUUAUAAUAGUAAUAGUAAUAGCUCAUCUAUAUCUAUCAGUGUGGUGCCAGAACGUAUCCCUGAGGGAUGCAUGAGGGGGGAAUUCACCCUGAAUUGGAAGCCAGUCAAUCACAAAUCGGAGCAUAUUUAAAGUGAUGCCAUGUUUUUUUUUUAAAUGUGGAAGAAAACCAUCCAGAACGCAAGCUCAAGAUCAGACCCAUAAUAAUAGUAAUAAUAAGAUGACGAAUGUUGGAUUAUUAUAUUCAUGUGCCUUUUCCAAUCUCAAGUUUGCUUUUCACACAUACAAUAAAUAAAUAAAUGAACAAGCAAUGAGAUAGUAGUUACAUGAGCUACCAGGAUAAUCCACAUUGACAUACAUCGAUCAGGCAUAACCUUAUGACCACCUGCCUAAUACUGUCUUGGUCUCCCUUUCAUGCACUGUGUAUUCUGACCCCUUUCUAUCAGACUCAGCAUUAACUUCUUCAGCAAUCUGAGCAACAGUACAUCGUCUGUUGGAUCGGAUCACACGGGCCAGCCUUCUCUCCCCACAUGUAUCGAUGAGCCUCGGCUGCCGGUUCACCACUGUUCCUUCCUUUGUCCAUUUUUGAUAGAUAUUGAACACUGCAGACCGGGAACACCCCACAAGAGGUGCAGUUUUGGAGAUGCUCUGAUCCAGUGGUCUAGCCAUCACAAUUUGGUCCUUUUGGUCAAACUCGCUCAAAUCUUUACGCCAUUUUUCCUGCUUCUAACAUCAACUUUGAGGACAAAAUGUUGACUUGCUUCCUAAUAUAUCCCACCCACUAACAGGUGCCAUGAUGAGGAGAUCAUCAGUCUUAUUCACCUCACCUGGCACUGCUCACAAUGUUAUACCUGAUUAAACGUGCGGAGACAAAUCAGCAAAGCGCAAUGCAAAGUCCAGUUAGUGUCGCUGAAAGUCCAAAACACUUGACAGUGUGUCACAGAGUGAGAGCAAGGUGUUAUAGCAUGCAUCACAGUUAUCCAUUAAUGUUAUGUCAUUUUUUUCUGCUUGUUUUUCUGUUCAGAACACAAACUUUGGUUAAUUUUAGAGGUAUGAAAAUGAAAGAUGAAAAAGUUUUUAAAUGGUGCUUGGACAGUCAGUGGUGCAAACCUGGCCUGGUCUUCAUGUUCUCUUGAUUUUUCUUUUUUUAUUAUUAUUUUUUGAAUGCAGUGUUUUAAAAAUGCGUAAACAAACCAGGGCACACGGUGUUAUUUGUGUUGUAUGAUUAGGAAUCUAUCAUUCUCAACACGAUACGCACACACGAAGACUAAGACAUGACUAAGCUGGGGCAGUUCAGAGCAGGUGAUGUCUGUUUAGUUCACCUGAUUUAUGUGUAUUUAUUACAUUGAACAAUGUCUUGCUUAUUCCCAUCACACAGGGGCUUUGCUGUUUUUAAAUGAUUACAACAACUACAGUAUUUUAUCUUAUAGUACAGUAUGUAAUAAAACGGAGCGAUUCAGGGCAGUGAACAUGCUGCCCCAUGAUUGACCAAAUGAAUGGAACAUCUGUUAUGUAGGAUUUAUUUAAAUAGCAUGGAUUAUAAUGUUCAUCCACUGCUGUAUUUAUUGACUGUAUUUAUUGUGCCACAUUCAUGUACAUGGAAAUGAACUGAACAGCUUGGAAGAUGCCUAAAGCAGGAAUGGUGAUGAAUAAAGGAAUUUGAAACCA